AUUUUACUUAUUUUAAUAUCCAAAUUUGGUUGUUUUAUCACUUGGUAGAGGCAAACCAGUCCUCUAUAUAAGGCAGUCCCUCUAUGCACAACAGUCAUCACCAUCAACCCCAAGUUUGAUUUAAGUUAGUGAGUUUCUUAGUUUCCCUAGAAGUUAAGCAUGGCUCAAAUUAAGAGGAUGGAGUGCCAACUCGAGAUCAAGUCCUCAGCUGAUAAGUUCUUUGAUGCCUACAAGACCAAAGCCCAGCUUAUGCCAAAAAUGGCCAAUCAAGUCGUUAGAGAUGUAAAACUUGUUGAGGGUAGUGGUUGGGAUUCCGAGAGUUCGGUUAGACAAUGGUAUUUUGUUGCCGGAGGUAAGCUUGAGACUUGUAAGGAAAUGAUGGAAAAGGUGGAUGAUAAAGAUAGGACUGUCGUUUACAAAUUGGUGGAAGGUGAAAUCAUGAAAGCUUUCAAAAGCUGGAACUCCAUCCUCAACGUGAUGCCGAUGGGGGAGGGAAGUUUGUUGAAAUGGACUAUGGAAUUUGAAAAGCAAAAUGAUGAUGUCCCUGAUCCUGUCAAGUAUGGCGAGUUUUUAACUACCUGGGCUAAGAAUGUCGAUACUUACCUUCUCAAUGUCUAAUUAAAUAAUUAAGGAAACGACAUAUAUCAAUAAUUUGAUCAUAUAUCUCGUUCUUAAAUAAAUUAUAUGAAUUAUCAUAAUAAAAAUAUAUUUAAAUAUUUUAUAA